CAUUCUUUCCCUGUCUUCCUUCUAGAACUUGAAUCACCACGUCGUCGGUUGGAUCGAUUGGAACCUGGCCCUGGAUUUACAAGGGGGACCAAACUGGGUGAAGAACUACGUGGAUAGUCCCAUCCUUGUGGACAUCAGCAGCGACAGCUUCUACAAGCAGCCCAUGUUCUAUCACCUGGGGCACUUCAGCAAAUUCAUUGUCGAAGGAUCUCAGUGCGUUGGGCUGUCGGUGGUUAAAACUGACUUUAGUUGCAACCUGGAACACGUCGCGGUGCUUCGUCCCGAUGGAUCGGCAGUACUGGUGGUCCUUAACCGGUCUUCGUUCAACUUCACCUUUGGAAUUUCCGACUCGGUUGGUUUUAUUUUCACCCAAAUUCCCGCCAACUCCAUCCAGACGUAUCUCUGGCGGCGCCAGUAAGAAGGGAGGUUUUUUUUUUUUUUAUACCGAGUACCAGUAGCCAGAAUAGCUUACUAACCCUCUCGAGAGACGGGAUGGCGGCUCAGCCCAAUGGAUUGCGUUUUUCUAGGAGAUAAACCUUGACGGUGGUUGAAGAAGCCGACAUUUGAGGCUUGCCGGCAUGAACAAACCGCGAUUCCUGAAGCGUUUAUCGAUAGAUGGUUCAAAUGAACCAAAACCAAGGUACUCCUUCAAAUGUUCUGCCUGGGAAAUUUCUUGGCAAGACUGUUGACUUCAGUGCUGUGUGUUUCCCGGUCCACUUCAAUUAAGCCUCAAAUCCUGGCUUACAAGCCACAGGAACACUUAACCACAACCAGCUGCCUGCAAGCCAAGUUAUGACUUUCGUCUCACGGAGCUCAGCCUGGAUGAGGUGGGCGGUGGUCCAUCUUGUUCCAGACGCCCAGCUACUUCGUGGUCAGCAUUUCAAAUUAAGCUGUUGGGAUCAUCUUUAAUCUGGGUUGUUGUUGUUUUUUCUUUUUUCCAUCUUCAAAUUAUUUCCGGUGUAACUGACAACGUGAUACACCGAUACUUAGCUGAUUAUCUUUACUAAGAUCUGCCUUUCUUCGGCUCCAGAUUGUCCUGCACAAAGGAGAAUUAAAUGACCUUGUGGCUUAUUA